AUGGGAAAUAACGAGUCACAACCGAAAUCUUUUAUAACUCAAAAAACACAAAAACUGGUUCAAACUGCUAAAUCUGGAGGUAAACCUGCCAGUAAAAGAAAAUCAAAAGGGUAUAUUGCUAUUGAAGAUGAAAGUGCAUCUAAUUUGGACAAAUUGGAUUUAGCUGCAAGAGUUGCUAAUCCAGCUGAUUUUGUGUUUCCGUUUGAAAACUUGGUCUUUUCGGGUGGCGGCCUGAAUUGUAUGGCGUAUUGUGGAUGUCUGGAGUAUUUACAAGUCGCAGGAUGUUUAGAUUCUAUCAAAAGAAUAUCAGGAACAAAUUAUGGAGCCUUAGUUGGAUUGUUGUGUUGUGUUGGUUUUAAUUGGCAAGAAAUAUCUACUAUUCUAAGUAAUGAUAUUGCCUCUCUUGUCAAAGGAGGUGCUUUUUGUAACCUGUUACCCGAUGUUAUUAGAGGGUAUGGAAUAUCGUCUAUUGGUGAAGAUAUAUAUAAUAGACUUGGCAAAUUGUUGAACGAUAAAAUUGGUGAUGCAGAUAUAACAUUUAAACAGCUGUAUAUAAAUUAUGGUAAAGAAUUAUGUGUUAUUGUGACCAAUUUAAACCAAAUGAAGAUAGAUUAUUUCCAUAUUAAAACAACUCCAGAUAUUCCUGUCAGAGCUGCAGUGCAAAUGGCUUUAACAAUACCAGGUAUAUAUACACCAAGAAUUGUAAAUAAAGAAAGACAAGAAUGUAUUUAUAUUGAUGGUGGACUUCUUAAUAACUAUCCAAUAAGAAGCUUUGAUGGCUCAUACCUUUGUUUAAAUCAAGAAAAUAAUUCAAGAUUGCCAACACUGAUUGGUCAAAAUGAAACUACAAAUGAUAAAGCAUGUGAUAGAACAUUGGGAGUUUUAUUGUAUACUGAUGCAGAAGAUAAUUGUAUGAAAACCAAACUAGAGUCAAGGCUUGGGGUGCUAAUUCCACCAAAACCAUGUACAGGAACUACGUUAUUCAAGCGAAACUAUGCAAUGAUACAGAAGAGUGGGGAUUUGGAAAAAGAUUUCUUUAAAACAAAGACUGUCGCAGAAAACUUUAUAAAGAUAUUAGAAAAAUUACCGAUGGAUAUUCUAGAUAAGAAAGAUUUGAAAGACACAUUCAGUACAAAUGUAUUUCCACAAGAGGAUGUCGACACACUUUUUGGCGAAAAAUCUGAUAUCAAAACGAUUUUUGAAAAUCUUGAUCAUGAAAGGAAAGGUCUGGUUUCAAGACAAGAGCUGAUAAGUAAAGUUCAUGAAAAGAUGGAAAAUAUAAGAGAUGAACACAACAUUACACUACAAAAACAUGUUCAUAACUUCUCCACAUUUAUGUUGGCAUUGGAAGCUACUGUCAGAAAUUCAGUCUCAAAACAACAGAUAAUGGAAAGCGAUGUUGAGAGAACUGUUGGUAUUAAUUCGGGCUAUAUUGAUGGAGAUGAUAAAGAUUUAACUGAAGCGGAUAAACAAUUCCUAAUAGAGAGAGGAUACAACUCCACUAGAGCCUUUCUACAAUAUUACGUCGCACAGCACAAACCACACAAAAAAUUAACAUCACAGAAAACGGUGGACGGGGAUUCCUGAAUUUCAGGACUAUGCUAUUUGUCUUUCCAUAACAAACAUCGUAUGAUGAUACAUUGGUCACCUCCUGUUAUAGAAUAUACUGUGAUGUCUAUUACAAUGUGUUAAAAGCGAUUAUUUCUUCAAUUAACAUCUGACUUUGCCACUAUCUUACAUCUAUAUCCAUAUAUAUACCCCAGUUGUUAAUAAUUUUCUUCUGGUGAUUAGCCUUCAUGCUAUAUAUUUUUAUUUUGAACAUUCUAUUCUACAUAAUAUACUUGUAAAAUACAAUAUUAUAAUAAAUUCAUAUAC